ACAAGGUGAAAGUAAAACGUUCCCCUCACCUACCAAUUAAACCUAUGGCAUUAUUUUCACUCGCUACUCCCCCCCCCCGCCAAAAAAUUUUUUUUCUUUGAUGUAGGCUUUCGAUUUUAAUUGUUCUCAAAAUGUGGAAAUCGUGUACAGUACUUCAUGCAAAUCAGUUAUUUUUGUAACGUGUUGAAGAAAUUGAAAGAACUUUUGAGACAGUAAUUAUUUUCAAGAUGGAUGGUUUUAAACCUGGUCAUAUAAGACGAUUGAAAGUCAAAUAUUUUAUGACCUAUGAUGAAGUAGAAAUAUUCCCCAAAAGUGGCCUUAAUCUCAUAGUUGGACUGAAUGGAAGUGGGAAAUCAUCAAUAAUGUGUGCUAUUUGCUUGGGCUUGGGUGGAAAGCCUCAAUACACUGGAAGAGCUACCCAGUUAUGUGAUUUUAUAAAGCAUGGUCACCCUGAAGCUAGUAUUGAAAUUGAACUUGCUUAUGGUAGUAGCAAAAUGAAAACCAUUCUGAUAAGUAGAAGUAUCAAGACUAGAAGUUCCGCUUGGUUCAUAAACAAUGCACCUUCAAAUCAAAAUGAGGUUCUUUCUUAUAUUAAAAAACUGAACAUUGAUACCGGUAAUCUUUGCCAAUUUCUUCCUCAAGAAAAAGUUGUUGAGUUUUCUAAAAUGGAUAAAAAACAAAGAUUAGAAAAUAUGUUGCAUACUAUUGGUGAACCGCAAUUAGUAGAAUUAUUUGAACAAUUAAAGGAGCUGAGGAGAAAUUUCUGUGAUACUGAAGACAGAAUUAAACAAAUUAAAAAUGAAAAAGAGGAGCAUCAACAAAAGAAUGAAAGACUAAAACCUGAAGUUGAAAAACAGAAUGAAAGAGAGCAGUUGAAAGGACAAUUAAGGUUGCUUAAUGAUCAAAAAAAAAUUUUGGAAUACGAUAUUUAUCGUAAUGAGGAAAAAGAGAAGAAAGCUGCUAAAAUAGAGUGUGAGAAAACCAAAAAGAACUGUGAAAAAGAACUUGAACGAGUUCGUAGUAAAUUAAAUGAACUGAACAGUGAAUGCAAGCAAAGGCAAAAAAGUGUGAAAAGUCUGGAAGCAGAGUGUUCUUCUUUGCUGUUGAAAAUUCAAGGAAAAUUGAAGAAUAUGGGUGAUAUAGAUGGAAAGGUGCACAAUGAAAAAAUAGAAUUAAAAAAUAGACUGGCUGAAAAAGAAAAUGAGACAAAAAGAUGCAAAGACUUGCAGCAGCAAAUAGCAGCCUUAGAAGCACUUUACCCACAGUUAAAAGCCGAAAGAAUGGAAAGUCGAGAAAAAAUGGAAAGAAUUGCUAAGCAGUCUACGGAAUUGGAAUUUAAGCACGCAGAACUCUUUCAAAAGGCUGAACAAUUUAAAGCAGAAGGCAACAUGUAUAGUUAUGAAAUCUCACGUUUUGAAAAGCGACUAGCUGAAAUGCAAAAUGAAGAAAAAAAUUUACUCAAAAAAUUGAAAGGUUUUUCAUCGGCUGCUUAUGAAGCAACUUGCUGGCUCCUUGAAAACAAACAUGUGUUUUCAUCAAAUGUUUAUACGCCUAUUUUAAUGCAGAUCAAAGUUGGAAGAGAUGAAGAUCGCAAAUAUAUAGAGAAUCAUAUUCCAAUGAGGGACUUAUUGGCUUUUGUUUGUGAAGAUAAAAAAGAUGCAGAACACUUGAUCACAAUACUGAGAACUACCAAAAAACUUUCUAUCAAUGUUGUUAUGGCUCCAGAUCAACCUUUGUCUGCCUUUCAAUCACCCAACGUAAAUGCACGAGACAGGCAAGUUGGAUUCAGGUCAUUCAUCCGCGACUUAUUCACCUGUCCUGAUCCUGUAAUGAGAUAUUUAUGCCGUUGCUUUAAUGUGCAUAGAAUACCUGUAUGCACUGCAGAUGCUGAAAGGAAUAUAGAAUAUCUCUUGGAAAGAUUUAGACUAAUAUAUACUCCUGCUAAUAAGAUCAGUGGUAGACAAUCAAGAUAUGGUCAAAAAGCAUGGUCCUAUAUGAAGGAUAACAUUAUGAGGCUCAAAAAAAUUUGAAUCACUGUCAAAAUGGCUAUCGCUUGGUGUCAUCUGAGCUUGCAGACCUUGAAAAAUGCAUAGAAAAAAAUCGUCAGGAUAAAAAAGCUCUGCUUGAGCUACAGCAGCGUUUCCAAACUACAGAAGCACAGUUGAAACAAAAGAACCACCUUUUGAAAAAUCUAUCACAAAAUUCCAUUAACGAAUCUCAAUUAAAAUUACAAGUGAAGACCAAUAUUCAAAAGCUAAAUGUACAGAGACAAAAGCUUCUAAAUGAACAGAAAGUUUUACUCUUGGAAUAUAUUAAGGUCACAAAGGAAAGAAUUGAUGCUGUCCUUGCUCUCAACUGUUCAGUAAAGUUACUUCGUUUGGUGAGUAAGCAAGAAAAAGGCAUUGAAGUAGAAUUCAAUACAGCAAAGGAAAAUUAUGAUAAUGCAGAAGCUGAGCAUCGAGAAAUAUAUAACAAGGCCAAAGCUUUACUUGUAGCAAUCAAACCUCUAUUAGCAGAUGUUGCCCAGGGAAGAAAUUCUAAUCAAGUGAAAAAGGUGAUUUCUAAUUCCAAGCAGGAAGAUAAAGAAGUUUUCCCUUCUCCAACUCUAAUAAAACAUUUACCUCGUUCCAUGGAUGAACUAGAAGAAAAAAUAAUUCACACCACUGCUCAACUGAACAUGAACUCUGAUGUGAACAAUUCAGUCCUGUUGGAAUAUCAAAAAUAUCUUCAUGAAAUAGAAAAAGCUGAAGAAACUAUAGAAAACUGUGAAGAGCAACUUCGAAAGUUGAAAGCUGAAAUUGAUGAGAAAAAAGAGAGGUGGUUGCCCUCUUUAGAACGCCAUGUCUUCAACAUAAACAAGAAGUUCAGUCAUUACUAUAAAUUUCUGAAGUGUGCUGGUGAAAUAAGCUUGGACACUUGUGAUAAUUCUGACGACUUUCCAAAGUAUGGUUUGCAGAUUAAGCUAAAAUAUCGUGAAGAUGAACCAUUCACUGAACUGUCUCAGACACAUCAUAGUGGUGGCGAGUGUAGCGUUGCAGCCAUCAUUUUUAUACUAUCACUUCAGGAACUAACGCGAGUGCCUUUUCGUUGCAUAGAUGAAAUCAAUCAGGGUAUGGACUCGAUUAACGAAAGAAAAAUAUAUCAGUUAGUUUCUGAUAGUGCGACUAGUAAUGAAAAUUCCUCUCAGUAUUUCUUGUUGACACCAAAGUUGCUUAUGGACUUGACAUACCCUGAAGAUGUUGCAGUACAUAUUAUAUACAAUUCAUGUUUUACAAAUAUGAAGUUAAAUAUUAAGAAACAUCUUCGCCAAGCCUCAAAAUUGGUGUUGUGAGGAGAGAAAAAACUGGAACUUAAGAUGUGAUAACCAAGGAUAUUAUGUUUGUUAUAUAAAUGUGCAAAAACUGACUUUUAAAUGAGCCAAAGAGAAAAGAACUGGCAUUUGUUAGUGUAAAUAUUUUUUGAAUUUCACGUGAAUUUUAUUUCAUGCAUAUAUUUGACUAGACAUUUUUUAUAAA